CGCUAUAUGGGCACACAUCCGCCAAGCCCCUGACUUCUCUCUUCUUUUCUCGGAAGGACACGGAUGAACUAUAAAAUGUGCAUUCACAUUAAAAACUUAAAAAGUGAAAUUGUAUCUAUCCCUAGAUCUGUCAAUAUGUGCAGAACCCUAGAUGCGAAGAGACAUAUCACGUCGACUCAAUCUCGUUAUUUGUGCUGGUCCUGGUCAACCAUCAGUCCCGAUUCAAUUGAUGACCUUCCCAAGACAGGAGGAAUAUCAUGUCGAGCUCCCCAAGCUUCAGACAUUGAAUUGUUGAUAAGGCGAGCUAUAAGAGCUCACAGACUUAGAAGGUAUUUUUUUUUCUUAUUGUUGGCUGGGUCGGGCCUAUCUCCUUGGCUGUCACAAGCAGGACUUAGUGUCGGAUAUAUAUCGAAUAAGCUGACUAUUUGCUACAACUGAGGAAUAAAGGUAUAACUGUUCUGUUUAAUGAGCAUUAAUGAAGUCCAUACUCUAUAGACUACAGAGUAUUUGUUAGCCCAUUCCCUCUCCGCCGCCUAGUGUCCUCUAACCGGCAAGGCUAAAUUUGAGAGAGAAAUAGUAUGUUGUCUCCACUACUAGUACAGUCCCCUUGACCUGGGUCCAAAUACUAUAGCUUGAAAUUUGUUGCAGGAUUAUAUACUUAAGACCAACAGCUCGAAAUGAACUUGAUUAGAAGAGUCGUAAAACAGUGAUCUUAGAUACCAAGGAACGAAACUGUACCUAAAUAAAUAGAUAUAUGCGAGCAGAUAUUUUGCGAGCGACUAAGAAAAUAAUUCUCAACUUAGGGGAAGUACGAAAGUUUGUGUGGUAUAUACUGUGUAACAAAGUCUAGCUGAGACAAACCCGAUGAUGGAAGUGAGCCAUAGUUCAGAUACAUUUCUUUUUGUCAAGUGUAACAACCUGCAAGAUACAUGAAUAUCGCCUGGUCCAAGGUAUGUUUGUGCGGUGAUCCAACCCGACUGAGUCACUUAAGGUAGUUCAUCACUGCUAUUUAACAUCUAUUGAGACCAUCAGCUGGCUUGUAAGACCCAAACAUUUGAUUAUUCAUUCCUUCAAUCCCUGGACAAAUUCCCUGGCCUAUUUGAGAAGCUGGUCGCGUGAUCACUGAAUGAAAGAACGGUCUCUUCCAGUUUGUUGCUGGGUCUAGUUGCUAACCAUACUCUGCUACUUCCACGCAGAUCGACAUCCUUAUAAAUCCCUUUAUCAUAAAAUAGAAAUAAUGUGGUGCAUUGCGGCUCUAGACAAUACAAACCAUUGACAUAAGUAUUUCUCACCCUGAUGGACGGUUCGGGGUGGGUCGGUCGAUCCGGGCUUUCCGAGUUGAAA